AUGCAGCCAUCGGCAGACCUGUGGGAGAAGGUUCCUGGCUACUCUUCUGACGACGAGGACGGGGCAGGGCUUCCUGAGCCUACACCACAACAGCUUGAGGGCCGACUGACAGAGGUGCUGGCUGCCCUGGGCGGCCGAAGCGUGGAUCGCCCUACCAUCCAGUUUCGAGCAGCUCCCUUGCCUGGCAAGACUUCGUCAAGCAAAAGCCGAACGUCGACUUCUCCUUCCGCUUUCCUUCUCAAUGCAGAUGCUCCACUCUUGCGUGACACUUUUCAGCACAAUGGAAUGAUACCUACCAUGUGUAGCGACUAUGCUAUACAAUGGUCAGGUCCGAAUAUCCGUGAUGCGGUGUAUCAGUCCAUGAUGGAUUGGCAAAGAAUCAAUCACUUUCCAAACUCGACAGAGUUGACAAGGAAAGACCGCCUGUGGUUGCAUUUUGCCCAGAUGGCCAAAAAUUAUGGCAAGGGUUGUUUUGACUUUGUCCCAGAGACUUAUGUCUUGCCCGACAACUUCGAUGCAUUUCUCAAGUGUUAUCAGCGAUCACGAUGUCACUGGAUAGUGAAGCCGAACGCGUCCUCUAGAGGCAGAGGGAUUUUCAUUUUACAGGAUUUGUCAGAGCUGCCAUUGGACGAGACAGUUGUUGUAUCCCGUUACAUCGCAGAUCCGCUGUUGAUUCAAGGCUACAAAUUCGACUUGCGUGUCUACGUCUUGGUGACUUCAUACGACCCUUUGAAAGCCUACAUCUACCGUGAGGGAUUGACCCGUUUCGCUUCAGCCCCAUACAGCACCCAGGAAGACCACAUGCAGGAUGCCUUUAGGCAUCUCACAAACUAUUCAGUCAACAAGAACUCCUACACCUUUGUGGAAAACAGUGACAUGCGAGCUGACAAUGUGGGCCACAAAUGGAGUUUGUCAGCACUCAACAAGCAUUUGCGUUGCAUUGGUGUUGAUGUGAACUUGAUGUGGGUUCGAAUCAUGGAUCUCAUCGUCAAAACACUGUUGUUGCUUUGUGUGCACAGUUACAUAAGUUUUUAUUUCCCUAUGUUCACCAAAUGA